UGCUGUCGGGGCGCCGCUGUGAGCGGGGAAGCGAGGGAGUGAUGGGAACGUUCGGCGAGAGCUCUCACUCGUUGUUGCGUCCGCUGUAGUUGAGCGCGAGCAGGCAUAAAUUCUAGGGAUGAAUCAUCAUGAUUCAAGUGUGACUCUGGGUCUGUCAUGUUCCUUCAACGUUCGAAAUCCCCAAACCAUCUGGUUGGCCUCAGAUGAACCUCAUUCUCGCUAGGUUAGAUACCGAAUGGAUCAUUCUGUUAAAACAACAUUUAUUUGAAUAUGAUUCUUGGAUUAUUAAAGCUAAAAUUCACUAAAUUCACAAGUACUUGUCAAAUAAAUAUGUAGUGAAGUAAGAGAUGGAAGUAUUGGUUCUACAGAGGUCAUUUCAUUAAAUUUAAAAAAAAAACUGUUUGGCUGUUCCUUUUUGCUUCCUAUGCCUCGGGUUAGCCUUGAUAUGUUUCAGAUGAUUCAUCUAUCACCCUUGCGUCAUCCAUUCCAUGCCAUCAGAGCUCAAAUGAAACUCUAACUCUGAUCUCUGGUAAACAGAUUUAUUGCGUGUCCAUCAGUGCCUGCAGACUUUUUGUUUUGAUUGUUGCAGCCAAAAAUGCCUAAUUUUGUGGCAGAUAAAAAAAAGUGGUGAAAAUUUAGAUCAUUUAUGGUUCCAGAAUUAUUAUAAAAACAAAGUUUCAAGUGCAAAGACCACACACAAUAAACAUGCAUGUACAUGUACAUGCUAAAUAAAAAAUGUUGAUUAGAUAGAUUAAAUACAUAUUUUUCAUGAUGGUGUACCAUGAGUAGUUUCCGGGCUGACAGCGUGUAGUGAGUGCUCAUUGUUUUGUUACGGAGCUCCUCACAAGGGCGGACAUUAACAGACGUUUGGAUGGGCAGAGUCUGAGAGGUAAAGGUGGGGAAUGUGUGUGACCGGAGUUGUUCUCUGGCACAUUAAUGCAGCCAAUAACAACAGUAUCUGCAGAUAUGUUCCACAGGGUCGCGAUAUAGAGCGUCAGAAUUGGGGUGGAGAGUGAUGGAUCUCGCGGUCAGCCAUGUUUGUUUACGUCCGCCCCGUAUAGUGUUCGGGUGACGGUCUGCUAGUCUUCAACAUUUCAGUCAUGGGAAUUUGGACAUUUAUGAAUGGAUUCAGAAUCGUUCACAUCUGAAUCUGAACCCUUGGCAACAAUAUUUGUGGGGAAAUGUGAGCGUUUGGCGUCACACAUGACUUCAGGGCUUUUCACACUGCAGAUUUUUUUGUCUGAGGUGGCCUGAGUCCAAGUCGCACUCCGCUGUGCAGCUUUGUACCACAGCGCUACAGGCGACGUUGUUUUUUUUCCUUCUCAGCUGGCGGUGCUCUGCGCAAAUUAGCUGGUGAUCCACGACAAAGCACGUCAUAAGGAUGUCGUCAUUAGCUGAGCAACACCAGCCCGAACCUAUUUACCACAAUCAGCUUGACCACCCCCGUUCUCUGUCAGUUCUUGACAUUACGAGUCAUCGUCACCUCAGAUGUUAACUGAUGAUGGCCCUCCGCCUUGGCUCUAACAGAAUGUGUAGUUUCACAGCCAAAAGUAAACAUGAAAGAGAUUUAUCAUGUUUAUUUUUGAAGAAUAUAGGGAAAACAUGCUGUGCAAUAUGGACCAUCUUUUAUCCACACUACUCUCGCAUCACGUAGAAAACAAAGUGAGAGAGGUUACUGGCGAUCGAGAACAAUUUUAAUCAGAGAAGGUACAGAUGCAGACAUCAAAAAUGAUCAUUGACUAGUCUGGUGAUCAUCAGUAACUUCAGAAAAAACUGCAUCUUUCCUCCUCACUGCUCUCCUCGUGAUGACAGUUGCGCAACCACAAGAUCACAGCAGUAAAAGCAGUUAGAGCCCAACAUUAUUCAUGUACUUUAAUUUGUGUGUCAAUAAAAUCGGUUUUUGAAUGAUCUUGUCUUCCCAGACAGCGAUCAGAAGCUUUACUGCUCCGCAUUUAUCAUGUUUGUGUGAGUUGCGCUGUCCACUGAUUUUCCGGCAUCUACCUCCGAGUCGCCUGAGGCGACAAGCUCACCCCCCGGCUUCCCCGGACGAGGUGCAGCUCUUCAGACGGGAUCAAGUCCACACCAAUUGUGUUCACCUAUCGGAUUUUUGAGCAAAACGCAGAGUUCCCAGUGUGAAAAGCUCCUUCAUCUCAACAAGAAUGGAGGGGAUAUGAUGCCGCACAUGCCGCGUAGAGGGGUGAGCGAAAGGAGACUAAAAUGAUUGGUGGAAUUGGCGGGAAAGUUGCGGUGACUGGACAAAAUUGCAGCGCCUCACAGAACUUGAAGGGAUUGGACUUGUGUUAAUAGUUGCGAUUGCAACAUCUCCUGGAGGGAAAGGUAGAUGUUAACCAAUAAACAACUACCUUUAGGAAGAAGUCAGUUAUGUAAACUUCUAAUUUUAACCUGAAACUUAGCCUUUGUUUGUAUUAGAUAACUGUUUAAUAUGGCGACAGUUAUGGGUCAUUUAUUGGGUUCAUAAAAACAGAAACAAUAAAACAGUUUGCUUGUGUCCACUCAGCAUAAACCCUCUCCACUCGGGCGGAAUAUUGUGGCUGAGUUCUGUGAGUUAAAAGUAAAAUUAUCAUGAUACUGUUACUACCUGGAAGUCUGGUGGUCUUGUCCUGGUCUUAUUUGUUGACUAUAUUCCUAAAAAACAGAUUUAUUUACACAGAGAUUAAAGUUUAUUGCUUCUCUGUGUUGACAGAUUGGCAGUUGAACGGAUGGCUUUAUUUCACAGACCAAUCAAUGAUUAUCCCCAGCCCGUGAGUCAAACAUUGUGAUCAAGAGUCCAAACUGGGAUGGUGACAACUCGGCAUGAAUCAAUCCAUCUCAACAAAAACGUCUGCACCACAUCUUGUCACGUGUUUCCACGUGGAACAAAGCAUUGCCAGGGAGUAAAUGGUAAAUGGAACGUCUGCUUUGGGGAGGUCAUGAGAAAGGUUGUGUGAAAAAUGUGAUGGUCGGCAAGAAUGGAAGUUAAAUGGAAGAAAACUCAAGGGAAAAUAACGAAUGUCUCAGCAAAAAAUAAUUCUGUUGUUUCAUAUUAUUGGUUUGAUCAUAAAUCAAUACCAUGUCUCUGUCUCAUUUAUUAUUCCUGAAGCUUUCCCAGCCUCCAUGGAGGCAAUUCACAGCGUCCAACAUGUGUGAAUAUAUUUAUUCAGAUAUACACAACCAUGUAACUGUUCUACAUGCUUAACACACCUGUAUCAUGUUCUACAUGCUUAACACACCUGUAUCAAACAUGGCAAGGGGCAUUUUGUCCGCAUCACACACAAAUCCAGCAGCCAUCAUAAACCUGGUUAUUUUCAGUUGUAUAGAAAAUUCCAUCGCUCCUGAAUGCAUCAUCCCUGCGCAUUACAGGAUGUAUAGAUCAGCACUUCACUCAAGAGAGAGGUAGAAAUAAAGACCAGCAGCGAAAACAAACCAAAUCAGCUCACGCAGGUGGCACAAGUAGCUUGAUUUAUGGAGGCCUUAAGUGGACAAAAAGUCUAUCUGACAAGGGAUUCAAGGAUGAAUAUUUACAGAAAAUUAUACUUCACUGAAAACAUGCAGUGAUCCUGCGUCGCUGAUGCUUUUACAGUGAAGUAAAACCCAUGAUAAUCCUUGUCCCCCCCUCUUCUUAAACAAACUAAGGCCCUGGGUCAGUGUAACCCUCGCAUGGAGGUGAUGUGUAACAGCCACACAGAGGAGCACAGUGAAGAUGUGGUGCUGCAUGGCUCCGCUACAAAAACCUCUUCCAAAGAUAUGCUGUAGUACAACCAAACACCCGCUGAGUCAUAAGAAACUCGCAAGCCAUAAAGUAAAACAAACAAACGCUGCCAUCACCAACGCCACAAUAGACUUUAUUGUCACAGAGAUGGCCAUUUAACUGUGGCCAUUUAAAUGAUUUUUGCAGACAUACACACUUUGCCUUUCAGUUUGCUCAUUGAAAGUUUAAUUACACAGAGAUUAUUUCAAUGUUAAAAAAACUUCUUUCUUUUAAUAAAGAUAGUCAUAAUUAAAAUUAACAUAAAGCAUGAUAUUUUUGUGGGGGAACGCCAUGAAGAAGUUUGGUCUCUUGACAUUGUGUUUUCUCUCGAGUGGAGAUUGUAAAUGUCAACAAUCUGGAAACUGAAAACCUGAAAUGCAGGUGUUAGGAUGUGAAGUCACCGGUGAAGGAUGAGACGGUAUAUUUUAAAACUAAAAAUGGAAAUGCGUUUAAUUAAACCUCUAAUAAUUAAAACAGACACCUUUUUAAUCUCCUCUGGCUGUCUGUCUGCCUGUGUUUAAAAUAACGUGAAAGUUAAAGAUGGGAUGAAAUGUGUGGAAUCGGGCAAGGACCUACGUAUUCAAUUUUGGGAGUGAUCCAGAUCACGGACUGGAUCCAGGAAAGGUGGAUGUUCGUGCUCUGUUCAUUCUGUUUAUUUUCUGCCAAAGUAUUGCCACUUACAUUUAUUUUCCCGACCAAAUAAAAGAUGGCAGCUUGCUAGUCUGGAACAUAAUAUCUUAGCCAGUCAUUGUAAUUUAUUACAUGUUCCUUUUGUGUCUCAUUGUCGCCAGAAUGUUUUGCUAGAAUGAAAGGUGUGUUACAUCUGCUCUUCCGUCUUCUGAAACGUGUGGUGGAGGUGUGAAAAUGACUGACAGAUAUCCUCGAUUACAGUUCGACCUUUAAACAGAGGUUAUGUGUCACUUGCCAAAAUCAUCUCUGCCAUUUUUUUUUUAAUCUUGUGACUUUACUUUUCAUACAAUGAACUCUAUGUCUAAUCAUAUCAUCAGCGCUGCUAGUUUCUACUUCUCAGCAACCAUAUUAGCAUCAUUGUUCCAACUGAUGACUGUAUUGUUUUGAUUUUGUGAUUUAAUUUUUAGUAGAAUCUUUGCUCCCUAGAAAAGGAGUAGAUUUACAUUGAAGAUCAUUAAAGAGCUCAUUAUGCUGACAGCUCCGAGAAGCUGUGAACUGUGUCAUCGAGGUGUUUUUGUCGAGUGUUUUCGAGUAGCUGUAUUGAAACACGUACAUAUAGAUGCAUGUGUGUGUAUAUAUGCGUUUGUGUUUUGCUCUAGAAGCGAGACGUUUGCAUGAAUAGGUGUUUCCCUCGAAGCGAAGGAGUGCGACCCCUCUCCGUCUCUAUACGAUCUUUGUCCGCCGGAGCUGGCACGUGUGGAGUGGGCGGUGCUCAGCGUGACUCCCUCCCCCUCCCCCCUCUGUCACGUUUCCUUUCUCUUCCAGAUUGUGUUUGCUAAGACACAACUAUCGCUGCAGAUUGGCUGGAGCUGCGUGAAUGUAGGUCAGAAGCUGUUUGAACAAACAUGAGCGCCUGAAAAAAAAGAACCCCAAAUGAGCCCAAAAUCUUCGCGUCCGCAUAGAAACGCGCAUCCCAACUUGAAUAUGGGUCACGUUGUUAACGCUGGAGGCUGGAAUCGGGGCCAAGGCGCCGUGAUGGCGCAUCACCUGACGUGACCCCGACGUCCAAGGCUUCAAAAUGCUGCGUCCACGCCAUUUGUACCACGGGGCUUCUCUCCAGCCAGGCCUGUGUACAGUUUAGCCUCACAAAAAACCCUGGAGUCCCAGGAGACGCGGCCAGUCACGGUUCUUUGACCAACCAGAGACCAGAUCCCCGUUCGUUGACCAACCAGAGACCAGAUCCCCGACUGACAUGUGCAGGAGGAUGAGAAGCUAUUCGCUGCAAUUGUUUACAUGCAGACUUUCCGCCAUCCUGUCAUGAAACGUCCUGAAGGGUCUGUUUAUAUGAGGGGAGGAUGGUGACCGAGGAGCGGAAUGGUCAGCGCUAUCUAGUGCCGUGAAGUGACCGUUGUUCGCCGUCCUCUCUCUUCUGGAGCCCUUCAUGUCCAAGAGAGACCUCGGCGAGCAUGUCUGCAGAUGCAGCAGUUGCAGCAGCAGCAAGGUAGCAGGAGGAUGGAUCCACUCAUGAUGUUGGUGAUGUAUAUGAGGAGGAGGAGGAGGAGGAGGAGGAGGAGGAGGGAACUUCUCUUGAUGGACCUUCCUCCUUGCUUUAGGUUAAGGUUAACUCUAGUGCUGUCCCAUACAGAUUUUUCUACGGGAGGUAAUGGAACUCAACUUUCAUUAUGUGCUGACCGAAGGAAGAAAGCAACGGAGGAAGGUGUCGCCGGAUGCUGAUGCUGAGUUCAAGCAUCUACUAAUGAAGUCUCUCCACAAACCCAGCUCAGAAGAUGGGACAGUUUUGAAGGUCCUGGUUCCUUUAAUGCAGAUGUUGCUAGCACAAAUAAAAGAGCACAUCAUUUACAAGUUAUUUUAUGAAGCAAAACAACUGACAGAAAUCCAGACCAUUUGCACUCUUAAUUUAUUUUCUUUGUAGCCACAAUCUCAUUAAAGGAACCAGACAUCAGAGGUAGAAGAUGAAUGAAUGGACGUGAGUUUUAUUUACACUCAACUCUAUGUCUGCAUUUGUUAGGAAUAAUAGAUUUAGAAAUGGGUCAGCUGAACAAUGAAUAUGUUUGUACUAAUAUUGCCAUUGUUAUCGAAGGACAGGGCAGUAUUUCUACAGCUGAAUCUCUUUUAAUUACUUAUUUCAGGACGACAGUCAACAAAUCCCAGCAAUCUCCAUCGAUGUUUGGCGUGUUGCUGGAGCGCUUUUGUCCAGACGGUGGCGGUGUUGGCCAGGAAACAAAGAUUUGAAACUGUGUCGAGCUGCUCCGUUGACUGUGCCACUCUGCCCCGAAUGGAACAUGCAUGUGGUGGUACAGAGGAAGCGGUUCAGGACUUGUCUGCAUCUCCUCAGCAUCAGCUGCAGAGCGAGAGAGUUCCAGCUGGUGAUAGGGGCUGAAUGGCAGCAGCCCUUCCCGACCACAUCAGAGGCCUCUGACACCCCACCCCCACCCCAGGACAGCGCGACAGAACAGAGCCACCGUGAGACGCUGAGAUCAGAAUCACCUGUGACAUGGCCACCAACAGGGAGCAUCACUUGCGUCACAUGACUGGCUUCCCCCGUGCCAUGUACCCGUUCACCUUCAACUCCAUGCGGAGCCACUCGCCCUUCGACCUUCUGGCCAGCAGCAACCUCUUUGGUCGUUUUGGAGCGGAUCUUCCCAAAGAGAUGGCCGCUUUGUCCGUGGAGACUCAGAGCACCAGCUCUGAGGAGAUGGUGCCCAGCUCUCCAUCGCCUCCUCCUCCUCCUCGGGUCUACAAGCCCUGCUUUGUGUGCCAGGACAAGUCCUCCGGAUAUCACUAUGGAGUCAGCUCCUGUGAGGGAUGCAAGGGCUUCUUCCGCCGCAGUAUCCAGAAGAACAUGGUGUACACGUGCCACCGAGACAAGAACUGUCAGAUCAACAAAGUGACUCGGAACCGCUGUCAGUACUGCCGGCUGCAGAAGUGUUUCGAGGUGGGAAUGUCCAAAGAAGCGGUGCGUAACGACAGGAACAAGAAGAAGAAAGAGGUGAAGGAGGAGGUGGUUCUGCCGGAGAACUACGAGCUGAGCGGGGAGUUGGAGGAGCUGGUCAACAAGGUCAGCAAAGCCCACCAGGAGACCUUUCCCUCCCUCUGUCAGCUGGGCAAGUACACCACAAACUCCAGCGCGGACCACAGGGUGCAGCUGGAUCUGGGUCUGUGGGACAAGUUCAGUGAGUUGUCUACCAAGUGCAUCAUCAAGAUCGUGGAGUUUGCCAAACGACUGCCGGGCUUCACCACGCUGACCAUCGCUGACCAGAUCACCCUACUCAAGUCCGCCUGUCUGGACAUCCUGAUGCUGAGGAUAUGCACUCGCUACACUCCGGAGCAGGACACCAUGACCUUCUCGGACGGUCUGACCCUCAACAGAACUCAGAUGCACAACGCUGGCUUCGGACCCCUUACGGAUCUGGUGUUCGCCUUUGCCGGUCAGCUGCUGCCGCUGGAGAUGGACGACACAGAGACUGGGCUCCUCAGCGCCAUCUGCCUCAUCUGUGGCGACCGCAUGGAUCUGGAGGAACCGGAGAAGGUGGACAAGCUGCAAGAGCCGCUGCUGGAGGCCUUGAAGAUCUACACUCGUCGCAGACGCCCAAACAAGCCGCACAUGUUCCCUCGCAUGCUCAUGAAAGUCACCGACCUCAGAGGAAUCAGCACUAAAGGCGCAGAGCGGGCUGUCACUCUGAAGACAGAGAUUCCCGGUCCCAUGCCUCCUCUGAUCCGGGAGAUGUUGGAGAACCCAGAAGCCUUUGAAGACAGCAGCGACUCCGGAGACAGCGCGGCCGCCGCUCCGCCCGCCAUCCAGGCCAUCAAGAAGGAGGAGAAGGGGACGGACGAGUCGGCCGUGGAGGAGGAAGAGGAGGAGGAGGACGACUACUGGGACGAGGAGAAGGAGCGCGCGGUGGACAGUGACGGGGAGCUUGGUGGAGACACGCCACCUAAAAAAGGAGUGACCGGGAAAAGCCAAUGAGAUAGAGAAUCCGGCUCUUAGACCAAGACUCUGAAGCACUAAACACCAGCGCGCGAUGGAGCAUCACUGGGCGUGUUUGGUCCGCUCAGACCCGCCGGAGGACAGAAGGAAACACACUCCUCCGCUUCAUAAGGGCUCGGCUUUGUACAAAAUGGAUAGUCAAAUGUUACAGCAGAACUAUAUGUGGUCGCCCACAAACCCUCUCAGAAUUUCUUUUAUUACAGCUCCAAGAUAUUCUACUUAUUUUUGUAUGGUAUUGUUUUUCUAAGCAUGUAAACAUUUCUGUCCUUUCUGUGUCGUUUUAGUACCAAUUGUAACUGGACGUAUUCCCGUGUUUCUUGUUUUAUUUUCGAUGCAUUUCCUCUGUUUGACGCGGUGAAAAGCAACAUGACUGACAGAGCAGGACUCAAACUAGCAACUUCACAAGCACAUGCUGGGAGAUUAAGAGCCAGAGGAGCACGUCAUUUCGGACACCAGUGCUUCUUCGAUCCAAAAAAAAAAAAGUCUCUUUAACCAAAUGCACUAAAAUGAAACAUUGAAACAAAAAGGCGGACUAAAGAAUCUGCAGGGUAGAUUUAACGUCUAAUCUCAGGUCGAUUCUAUCAGGGUCACGGCUCACUUCAGUAUUUUAGCUUCACAUUAGUUGUAAAAACAUAUUUACACCACAGGAAACCUCAGGUGUGUGUGUGUGCGCGCGCGCGUGUCCUCGGAAACAUGGUGUGACAUUGGGAGUAUUUUCACACUCAGAAGCACACAGUUGAGAUGAACUCAAGGUCAGCGCUCUUUGUAGUCUGUUAUAGUCUGGGAUUAUAGUGCUGCUUGCCAAAUAGUGAACCCUCUGCUAUACUUGUUGUUUAAAAUCUGUUAGCUUGUUCCGAUGUUGACCGGCAGUGUUAGAGGGGGUGGCAAAGAUCCGGCGACGCUCCCAAAGCAUGGCCCGGUAGCAGUCAGAGCCGGUCCGGCGACCAGUCGUCAGAGCCGCUGAGCAUUCACUCGUGCUGCUUUCUGGAAUCUCGCCUGGUUCUGGGCCCUAUAUUCACUUGAGUUUGCUACUCCGGGCCAGAUCCAGCCCACAUCCGCUCUGGAUCCGGCAACCGGCCCGGAUCUGAAAAGGAUCCCAUAGUACGUCCAGAUACGUUUUGCUAUCGGGUGAGCAGCUUUGUUUACAUCGGCAAUUGUUACGACGCAUCGUAACGCCCUGGACAACACUCUAAAAACUCUGAUUUGUCAACGUCACGUCACACACAUACAGACGAUUCUUCCAGACUUUUUUAUCCAAACAUUAAAAUGACUGUUAUUUUGUUGCUAGCUUUGUUAAAUUUGACUGACUGCUGUUUGGUCGUUGAUAAACGUGUUGUUUCAGAUGGCAGUCGGGAUUUAACCGUUGACUCAACAGCUAGCCGAUCAAUUGAUGCUACAUUCCGAGCUAGCUGAUUCCUGCUGGAUCUUUUAUGGCAGGUCAAACAUAUAGUGGACAUUUAAACUGUCCGGCUAUUCAGAAGCCUGGAAGCAGCUCACACCCCACCUCCACCCCAGCGUCUCGGCAUCUUCUCUAGCAAACGGAGCACUAGCGUAUGGAUCUCCCCGUUGGAAGCACAUUGUCUUAGCAUUAGCUUUCAACUCACCAACUCUGUGCACAAGUGAAAAGAUGGUGACUGUUAGCAUCGAGGAAUAAACCCAACUGGUUCCAUCCCUAGAAAGAGGUCACAUGAUCCAGCGUUCCGUCACUCAUCCCACCCGCUGUGUAUCGGAGGAUGGAUGCCGUGCUCCGUGACAGUUCAUCUGCAAAAGACAUUUUUUGAAUUGUGAAUGUAAGCUAUAUAUUAUGGUAUGAAAGGGAGCUGUGGAUGCAGUGAAAAUGACCGACGCGAUGUGAAGCCAUCAAGUAGUUCUGUUUGUCUGUAGUCCAUCGUUUCUGGCGCGGUGCUGAGUCUGCAAUCAAAGGAAGUUUUGAAGCCAUAAAAGUGAGGAUGGAGGAAGAAGUCUUCAGCCAAAGUGCUCUCAGUCCUCGUCACGUGUGUCUCGGACGUUCCCGUCGUCCUUGGAUUUCCAAACUUGCUCUCGCUUGGACUCCUGUUUACGGUCUGUGUUUCUGGUUCUGGGUUGGAGCUGGUGCAAUAAACAAGCCGCGGCCGAGGCUCUGUACAUAGACGUGCGCGAGAGGUCAACAAACACCCGAGUCAGAAUCGUCUGUAGUGGAGGAUAUUUAAGUGUCUCAAAGAACUUUCACAGCUGGAAGCGUUGUCUCAAACAUUGUGCCUUAUUUUAUUCCUUUCCUUCAUGUUUGAGUUGUAGCAAAGGUUCGGUCCAACACACGCUCCGACCGGCCGAGCGCAUCUGUUACGAUGGUUAUUCCAAGUUAAAAUACUAUUUUGCUUAUUUGUUGCUUGAUGAUUUGUUUACAAGUUAUUUGAUGUUCUUGUAUUUUGAUAA